AUUUAGAUUUGUCAAAUAAAAAAGUGAAACAACAAUAUUUCGCAAGCGAAUUAAAAUUUCUCCUUUUCGAAAUAUUUUUUUUUGUUUUCUUCUCCAAAUUUCACGUUGAACGUAUUAUUGCAAAUUAUCUGCCCAUUUGAAAAAGACUGCAUCGGAUCCAACAUGUCUACAUAUUUCAAUUGUCCUUCGCGCAGCGUAAUUGAUGAAUUGGUCCACAUAUCCACGAUGCUCAUGUCACCUGGUCAUGGAAUACUCAUUACAGACGAAUCCCCAUUGCAGUUGGAAAAAAAAUUGGAAAUAUUUGGUAUUGAAUGCAGUGAAGAGAUGCGCGCUCAGUAUCGCAACAUGCUUUUCUCAGCUAAAGAAACAAUGUCCGACUAUAUCUCGGGCAUAGCAGUGCAUCCGGAGGUAUUGGAUCAGACAACUUCCAACGGAUGUGCGCUUCACUGCCAAGUGCGGCGAAAAAAUAUUUUGGUUGGAGUAACAGUAGAUAAAGGGCUUGUGCCCAUCUUAUGUUCUUAUGGAGAAUUCACUACCCAAGGGCUUGACGAUUUAGCUGUGAAAUGUGCGGAAUAUAAAGAUUGUGGUUGUGAUUUUACCAUGUGGAGAGCUCAGUAUAAUAUAGGCGAGUUCACACCUUCAUACCUGGCAAUAAUUGAGAACGCCAAUACGUUAGGAAAAUACGCAGCCAUCUCGCAAUCCAAACGAAUGUUACCUAUACUGGAAGUGGACGUAGUACCAUCGGAUGAUAAUGACUUGGAGCGUGCAGAAAAGGUCACCGAAACAGUUUUGACGGCGAUUUUCAAGUCGCUUUCCGACCAUCAUGUCAGUCUGGAAGGAACUUUGCUAAAAGUGCCUGUAUUAAAUUCGGGUUCAAAGUGUGCGAAACGUUAUUCACCAGGCCAAAUCGCCAAGGCAACACUACGACUUCUAAGGCAUACCGUCCCUGCGGCAACAGGCGGCGUAAUUUUGCAUGCGGAUGACAACACGGAGGACAAAACUCUUUGUCAGUUGAAUGCCUUUGCUGCCGAUCCAUCACCAAAGCCGUGGCCAAUAACAUUUUGCUUUGACGGUACUAUGCAAUCGUCGAUAUUUAUGGCAUGGGCUGGUAAAAGUAAAAACAUUGAAAAAGCACAACAGGAUUUGUUGAAGAUGCUUGGAGCUUUCUCGCAAGCCGCUCAGGGCACGUACGUUCCAGGUUCGAUGAAAUCGUUGGCCAAUCAAUGCUACUGUAAGAAACCAUUGAAGGCUUUCAAAACAAAGCCAGCACCUCUACCAGAUGAUUGUGUGAAAUAUGAAGAAAUAUCCCGACCUCCUCCUGUUCUUGCUAUGAGCGCGAAAACCGAACAACCUGAAAAAUUGGAGAUAGAAAUAAGCAAAGAGCAGACCAUUGCAAAUGACCCGGCUCCGAAUUUAUCUGUUGAAAAUGUUGAAAAGGUUGAAAAUGUUGAAAACGUUGAAAAUGUUGAAAAUGUUGAAAAUGUUUAAAAAGUAUCUAAAUCCAUGAAAAUUAUUGAAUUAUGAUAUAUUUCAAAUACUACGAGUGAACGUAGAAGAAACUCUUCGAAGAAAA